AUGAGGAUGAUUUCAAUUGGGAGCAAGUGAACACCUUGACCAAACCAACUUCUGACCCUUGGAUGCCAUCAGGCUCUUUCAUGCUGGUGAACACAUCUGGGAGACCUGAGGGCCAGAGAGCCCACCUGCUCUUACCCCAACUUAAAGAAAAUGAUACCCACUGCAUCGAUUUUCACUAUUUUGUAUCCAGCAAGAGUAAUUCUGCUCCUGGCUUACUCAAUGUCUAUGUGAAGGUCAAUAACGGGCCUUUGGGAAAUCCUAUCUGGAAUAUAUCGGGAGACCCGACACGUACAUGGAACAGGGCAGAACUGGCGAUUAGUACCUUUUGGCCUAAUUUUUAUCAGGUGAUUUUUGAAGUGAUAACUUCUGGACAUCAAGGCUACCUCGCUAUUGAUGAAGUGAAGGUGUUAGGACAUCCGUGCACCAGAACUCCCCACUUUCUGCGGAUUCAGAAUGUAGAAGUUAACGCCGGCCAGUUUGCCACCUUCCAGUGCAGUGCUAUCGGCAGGACCGUGGCAGGUGACAGGCUCUGGUUACAGGGCAUUGAUGUACGAGAUGCUCCUCUGAAGGAAAUAAAGGUGACUAGCUCCCGACGAUUCAUAGCUUCAUUUAAUGUUGUGAAUACAACAAAACGAGAUGCUGGAAAGUACCGCUGCAUGAUUCGCACCGAAGGAGGUGUUGGGAUAUCAAACUAUGCAGAAUUGGUAGUUAAAGAGCCACCUGUUCCUAUAGCCCCACCUCAGCUCGCCUCUGUGGGAGCAACCUACCUGUGGAUACAGCUCAACGCCAACUCCAUCAAUGGGGAUGGACCCAUCGUCGCCCGGGAGGUGGAGUACUGCACAGCCAGUGGGAGCUGGAAUGACCGGCAGCCAGUGGAUUCCACAAGUUAUAAAAUUGGACACCUUGAUCCAGAUACGGAAUAUGAGAUUAGUGUGCUCCUCACCAGGCCAGGGGAGGGCGGCACUGGGUCUCCUGGACCAGCUCUCAGGACGAGGACAAAGUGUGCCGAUCCCAUGCGUGGCCCAAGAAAGUUGGAAGUAGUAGAGGUCAAAUCUCGACAAAUCACUAUCCGUUGGGAGCCAUUUGGAUAUAAUGUAACUCGCUGCCAUAGUUAUAAUCUCACUGUCCAUUACUGUUACCAAGUUGGAGGACAGGAACAAGUACGAGAAGAAGUAAGCUGGGAUACAGAAAAUUCCCACCCUCAACAUACAAUCACUAACCUGUCACCAUAUACCAAUGUCAGUGUGAAACUCAUCCUCAUGAAUCCUGAGGGACGGAAGGAAAGUCAAGAACUCAUAGUACAGACAGAUGAAGAUCUCCCAGGUGCUGUUCCUACUGAGUCCAUCCAAGGAAGUACCUUUGAAGAGAAGAUAUUUCUUCAGUGGAGGGAACCAACUCAAACAUAUGGUGUCAUCACUUUAUAUGAGAUCACCUACAAAGCAGUCAGUUCCUUUGACCCAGAAAUUGACUUAUCCAAUCAAAGUGGAAGAGUUUCAAAACUGGGAAAUGAAACCCAUUUUCUGUUUUUUGGACUGUAUCCGGGGACUACAUACUCCUUUACCAUCCGGGCGAGCACGGCUAAGGGUUUUGGGCCUCCAGCAACAAACCAGUUCACCACCAAAAUAUCAGCACCCUCUAUGCCAGCGUAUGAACUUGAGACACCUUUGAAUCAAACUGACAAUACAGUGACAGUCAUGCUGAAACCUGCACACAGCAGAGGCGCACCUGUCAGUGUUUAUCAAAUCGUUGUUGAGGAAGAACGCCCUCGAAGAACUAAAAAGACAACAGAAAUCUUAAAGUGCUACCCAGUGCCAAUCCACUUCCAGAAUGCUUCAGUGCUGAACUCACAGUACUACUUUGCUGCAGAGUUCCCAGCAGACAGCCUCCAAGCUGCUCAGCCGUUUACUAUUGGUGAUAAUAAGACAUACAAUGGCUACUGGAAUACCCCUCUUCUCCCCCAUAAAAGCUACAGAAUUUAUUUCCAAGCUGCUAGUAGAGCCAAUGGGGAAACCAAAAUAGACUGUGUCCGAGUAGCCACAAAAGCUGCGAUAAUCGUGACUCAGCUUACAACACCUUACAUUCGCAUCGUGCCUGCUGCAGGCGACGGCCAACUAACAGGAGCUGCUACUCCAAAGCCAGUCCCAGAACCUGAGAAGCAGACAGACCACACGGUCAAAAUUGCUGGAGUCAUUGCUGGCAUCUUGCUGUUCGUUAUUAUAUUUCUUGGAGUUGUGUUGGUAAUGAAGAAAAGACACAAGAAAAGGGAAAAUACAGUCAAUGAGGAAAAGGAGAACUCUCUAUCAAGAUGGAACAUACAAAAGAAACUAGCCAAGAAGCGGAAGGAGACCAUGAGCAGCACCCGGCAGGAGAUGACCGUGAUGGUGAACUCAAUGGACAAGAGCUAUGCUGAGCAGGGCACAAACUGCGAUGAGGCCUUCUCAUUCAUGGACACGCACAAUCUGAAUGGCAGAUCUGUGUCUUCACCAUCAUCCUUCACAAUGAAAACAAAUACACUGAGCACAUCGGUGCCUAAUUCCUAUUACCCAGACCCAUUUGUGCCAACUGCAAUUUUAGAUGAAACCCAUACGAUGGCCAGUGAUACCAGCAGCUUGGUGCAGUCACACACUUACAAGAAGCGCGAGCCAGCCGAUGUACCCUACCAGACUGGGCAGCUUCACCCCGCUAUCCGGGUGGCAGACCUCCUGCAACACAUCACACAGAUGAAGUGCGCUGAGGGCUACGGCUUCAAGGAGGAAUAUGAGAGCUUCUUUGAAGGGCAGUCUGCACCCUGGGACUCCGCUAAGAAAGAUGAGAACAGAAUGAAGAACAGAUAUGGGAAUAUCAUUGCAUAUGAUCAUUCUCGGGUGAGGCUGCAGACACUAGAAGGAGACACCAACUCAGACUACAUCAAUGGAAAUUAUAUCGAUGGUUAUCAUCGACCUAAUCAUUAUAUUGCUACCCAAGGGCCAAUGCAGGAGACCAUCUAUGACUUCUGGAGGAUGGUGUGGCAUGAAAACACUGCAAGCAUCAUCAUGGUGACCAACCUUGUGGAAGUGGGAAGAGUCAAAUGCUGCAAAUACUGGCCAGAUGACACAGAGAUAUAUAAAGACAUUAAGGUUACCCUAAUAGAAACAGAACUACUAGCAGAAUAUGUGAUAAGAACAUUUGCUGUUGAAAAGAGAGGCGUACAUGAGAUCCGCGAGAUCAGACAGUUUCACUUCACUGGCUGGCCAGAUCACGGGGUCCCCUACCAUGCCACUGGCCUGCUGGGAUUUGUCCGGCAGGUCAAAUCCAAGAGUCCACCCAAUGCAGGCCCAUUGGUGGUGCACUGCAGUGCUGGUGCAGGGAGGACCGGCUGCUUCAUUGUCAUCGAUAUCAUGUUGGACAUGGCCGAGAGAGAAGGGGUGGUGGACAUCUACAACUGCGUCCGGGAGCUGCGGUCGCGAAGGGUGAACAUGGUGCAGACAGAGGAGCAAUAUGUGUUUAUCCAUGAUGCAAUUCUGGAAGCCUGCCUCUGUGGAGACACUUCUGUCCCUGCUUCCCAAGUCAGGUCUCUGUAUUAUGACAUGAAUAAACUGGAUCCACAAACAAAUUCAAGCCAGAUUAAAGAGGAAUUCCGGACUCUAAACAUGGUGACACCAACACUGCGUGUGGAAGACUGCAGCAUCGCCCUUUUGCCCCGGAACCAUGAGAAAAACCGGUGCAUGGACAUCCUGCCCCCAGACCGCUGCUUGCCUUUCCUCAUCACCAUUGAUGGCGAGAGCAGCAACUACAUCAACGCCGCUCUGAUGGAUAGCUAUAAACAGCCUUCAGCUUUUAUCGUCACCCAGCAUCCUUUGCCAAACACAGUCAAAGACUUUUGGAGACUGGUUCUGGAUUAUCACUGUACAUCUGUGGUUAUGCUAAAUGAUGUGGAUCCUGCCCAGUUGUGUCCACAGUACUGGCCAGAAAACGGAGUACACCGACACGGCCCCAUCCAGGUGGAAUUUGUUUCUGCUGAUUUGGAAGAGGACAUCAUCAGCAGGAUAUUCCGAAUUUAUAAUGCGGCCAGACCCCAAGAUGGGUAUCGGAUGGUGCAGCAAUUCCAGUUCCUGGGCUGGCCGAUGUAUAGGGACACGCCGGUGUCUAAACGCUCCUUCUUGAAGCUCAUCCGCCAAGUGGACAAGUGGCAGGAAGAGUACAACGGUGGAGAAGGCCGCACGGUUGUGCACUGCUUGAAUGGGGGAGGCCGCAGUGGGACGUUCUGUGCCAUCAGCAUUGUCUGUGAGAUGCUCCGACACCAGAGAACCGUAGAUGUCUUCCAUGCGGUGAAGACACUAAGGAACAACAAGCCCAACAUGGUGGAUCUCCUGGAUCAGUACAAGUUCUGCUACGAGGUGGCCCUGGAAUACUUGAAUUCUGGCUGACAGCAUCAACAGCAUC